AUGGUUAUGGACGGGAUUUGUGGGAUGGACCGCACCGAUCGAGUGGUAGCGUUUGAGGGGAAGCGUGACUCCUGGAAAGAAAAUUACCGAAGAAAUUUUGAAGAAAAGAAGAAGAAGAAGGAGAAGGAGAGGAAGAAGAAGGAGAAGAAGAAGAAGAAGAAAAAAGAAGAAGAAGGAAGAAGAAGAAGAAGAAGAAGCACAAAACCAAAAGCAGAAGCACAGUUGACUUGCCUGCUGCAAUUGUAG